AUGGAAACUGAUUACCUGAAGAAAUGCUUUGGAAACAGCCUGACCCAGGCAUUGGCAGAGGUGGCAAGAGUGCGACCCAGUGACCCAAUAGAGUACUUGGCUCUCUUGCUUUACCAUUAUGGGAAUGUGAAUAACGAUAAAGAAAAGAAAAGGCAAGAGGAGCUACAGCUAAAGGAAGAGCAUGACAGAGUCCUCAAGGAAGCAAAUAUGACCCAAAUACUGAAACAAGAGGAAAAUCAGAUUCAACAGAACUGUGAGCAGUGUCAACAGGAACUGCUCCCCAAAGCUCUUUCCUCAAACAAGACACCAGCCCUACAGGAAGACACAGCACCCCUUGAGAAGGAGACUAAGAGCCCCGAAUCUCAGCCCAGUGUCUCCAGUGUGAUUGCAGAAAUGCCUCAACGGGUUUUUACCUCUUAA